CCGUCGACUUGAGCGCACGUCUCGCGCACACCGCGCCGCGCACCUCACACCCGCCGCCAUGAUGCGGCGCGGUUCCAUGGCAAUAAUGGGUGGCGGUGAACCACUAAUCGUGGUCGAAGAGAGCGGAGUUGAGGACACGGAAUGCUCAAUGCGUUCGCAUGCGCCCACCCGCGAUCUCUCUAUAGACCAGGAGUCACCACCGGACCCCUACCACUUGUCACCCUGGCGAGAAACCAGGAAACACUCUUUGCCAACACCAGCGUGUACCUCUGGCCCAACGGCUAGCCAGGUUAGGCGACUGUCAGAAAGAGGAGAGGGCGCCGCCCGGGAAGCUCGAGAAGCGGCGUUUUUAGCAACUCUAAGUCAAGCACCGCCCCAACCGGGAGGAAGAAGACAUUCCGUGGUGACAAUAUCGCGCGUACCGCAAGCGCUAUUUGGACGAGGUCGCAGGGAGUCGAUUGCUGCGUUCCCCGCACUUGGUCGCCGUCGAGAUUCUGGAGCUAAAAAAUGUCCACCUGCUACUGACACGUUAGGCAGCACUCACAACUUGCAACUCGACAUCAUGGACGACAUCGUACAAGCUCGCAAAGUUCGAAUGCGCCUGUGGAAUACAUCCAAUGAACGAGUCUGUGAAGUACAGCCACUAGAUGAAAGGUCCCCUAUAAGUGGAUCAAUUCGAUAUACAAAUCGAGGUCGCCGACAUUCAGACUUCGUCGGUGCACCUCUACCUCCUAUACCUGCUAGACGGCGCGCCUCAGAAAUGCCGCCGCCUAUACCGCCUCGCACCGGAGCCGGCGUCGUCUGCACUGACACCGAUCUUCAUUUAAUGCUGAACGCACUCACAUCCUCCGCUACGGAAAUAGACCGCUGCGGCAAACCGGAAAAAUCUAAGCGACUAGCCGAUAUGCGAUCUAGUAGUUUCGACGCCUCAACUCUCCGGGAAAAAUCAUCCGAAUCAGGAACUACAUGGUUUACACGACGCCAUCAAACUUUGGCAACGAAGAAUAAAGAAAAUGAACCUAAAAAACCAAAGGUGACAUUCGCCCCCGAUGCGAAACAAGCACCCGGAGAUGCUGCCGCGGUCGUAUGGGAUAAACCAACGGGCUCCGUGGUGGAUGCAAGCGCUCUCGGAAGUGCCAUUGAGGUUUUUCUUAGACGAAGUAGCACGGCAGAGCCUACUCCCUCGACUUCUGGUGUGACUGCACCCAAACCAAAUAAAAAAGCCGAAAAAGAAACUAAAAAGGGAACCGAUAAUAGAUUAAAAUCUCAAGAAAUGCCCAGCACGAGCAGGCAGGGACUGCAUGCGGAGGGUGACCACUGGAGCACCAACAGACCGGAGGAAGAUGACGCAGCGGAAGGUUGCGAUGCUUCUAUAUGUUCGUCAUUAAAAGAUCUCUUCGUGUAGGCACAUUGCGUGCAUUUUGAAAUCUUAUAAAUAUUAAAUUAGUCGAGUACAGAUUUGUCUCCCAGUUGGCGAAUGCAAUGUAAAACCGCGACCCGUUGUCGUCGGCCGUGUCGUCUUUUAUGUGCUCAGUGUACCUUUAUAUUUUGUAAAUCUUUCAAUGUGAUAGGUAGCGCGCGGGCGCCGACCGCACAGUGCCGACCCGCGACCGACGUCCGCUCGCUGGCAAAUUAUUUUUAGAGUAAAUUCUAUUUUCAAUGUAAAUUUUUUAAUAUUAGCGAUCAUAAAAUUGACUUAUUGUUAGAUAGAAAAUUGUAAGUACUCUUGAAUGUCGGGCGUGUGUUUUCCAAGCCGAGCCACGGCAGGCGAUCCCCCAUGCGCCCGCCCCUCCCUGCCCCGCUCCGUCUCUUUCCACAAUCAGUGUCUCGUAAUCUGAUGUUACUGUUACUCUAACGAUUAAACUUUAUCAUAUAGUAGACGAUUACAAAGAGACGUCUGAAGAAAUGUACGCUUAUUAGACAAAGGCAACUUCGGUCGUCUUUAUCAAUAAAAAUCUUUAUCGAUGUUAUUGUGCGUAUUAUUGGAAACUUUUAUGGAUAUGUGUA